AGAAUCCAGGUCUCCGGGCUGGAGGUUUACACCAAGAACCAUGUGUGCCGAGCGGCUGGGCCAGUUCGUGACCCUGGCUUUGGUGCUGGUUACCUUCGAUCCAGCUCGAGGGACCGACGCCACCAACACCCCCGAAGGUCCCCAAGACAGGGGCUCCCAGCAGAAAGGCCGUCUGUCCUUGCAGAACACAGCGGAAAUCCAGCACUGUUUGGUCAACGCUGGCGAUGUGGGGUGUGGCGUGUUUGAAUGUUUCGAGAACAACUCUUGUGAGAUCCGGGGCUUACAUGGAAUUUGCAUGACUUUUCUGCACAACGCUGGAAAAUUUGAUGCCCAGGGCAAGUCGUUCAUCAAAGAUGCCUUGAAGUGUAAGGCCCACGCUCUGCGGCACAGAUUCAGCUGCAUAAGCCGGAAGUGUCCAGCCAUCAAGGAGAUGGUGUUCCAGUUACAGCGGGAGUGCUACCUUAAGCAUGACCUGUGUUCUGCUGCACAGGAGAACAUCCGGGUGAUGGUGGAGAUGAUUCACUUCAAGGACUUGCUGCUGCAUGAACCCUACGUGGACCUAGUGAACCUGCUGCUGACCUGUGGGGAGGAGGUGAAGGAGGCCAUCACCCACAGCGUGCAGGCUCAGUGUGAGCAGAGCUGGGGAAGCCUGUGCUCCAUCCUGAGUUUCUGCACCUCGGCCAUCCAGAGACCCCCCACGGCGCCGCCCGAGCGCCAGCUCCAGGGCGACAGGGCCAAGCUCUCCAGGGGCCACCCCGCGGAGAUGGGUCACCACCUUGCGGAGCCCAGCAGUCGGGAGACCGGCCGAGGUGCCAAGGGUGAGCGAGGUAGCAAGAGCCACCCCAGCGCCCACGCCCGGGGCAGAGCGGCCGGACCCGGGGCCCAAGGAACUUCUGGAAGCAGCGAGUGGGAGGAUGAACAGUCUGAGUAUUCCGAUAUCCGGAGGUGAAAUGAAAGGCCCGGCCGGGAAAUCUUUUCCUCCACGCCGUCCAUUUUCUUCUCUCUGGACAUUCCAAAACAUUUGCCAUUAAAGAGGGGGGCUGUCACUCGCAGGAUGUGAUGGGGAUUGCGGACUUGAUUGGAGGUGUGUUAGCGGCAUGAACAGGUGAGGCGGAGGCUCCCUGGGCAGCGAGGGCUCGGUUGUGCCUGGUGUGUCCCGCAUCCACACAUCCCGACGGGAGGUCGGCCUCCUCGCAACUUUGCCUUCUUUCCAUCCGCGGAGACCCUGGGCUGUGGCUUGCGGCUCCCUUUGCCAUGGGAGGUGACGAGCGGGGCGGGGUGACCCGCGGGGGCUCGACUGUGCGCUUGGUGCUGGGCCCCGCCCCCAGCUUCUGUGCCGACCGUCCUAGCGGAGUGCAGCUGGAUUCCGGCGCAGGA